GCGGCGGCCAUUUUGCCUCGGGCGGCUGCGUCGCUUCCCCGUUCGCAGCGGCCAAGGGGGAAGCGGCGGCGGCCGGAGCCCGGGGCGCGGCUGAGGGGGCCGGGCUCCCGCCCUUUCCCCCCGCCCGGCGAUGCUUCCGAGGGAGGGCGAGGCGCCCGGGAGGGUCAAGUCAUUCUGUUGACUUCUACCGGGCUGGCUGUUAGGUUUAAAACACAGUGUGGACGUGUAUAAGUAAACUGACGCUAAUACUGAAGAUCUGUAGACUUAGACAAGGCUCUGAACCAUGGACAGCCUCAGUGCAGCAAAUACCACUUUUGCGCUUGACCUCUUUAGAAAGCUGUGUGAGAACAAAAGUAGGCAAAAUCUAUUCUUUUCUCCUUUUAGUAUUUCUUCUGCUUUGUCUAUGGUUUUGCUGGGGUCGAAAGGUAACACCGAAUCCCAAAUAGCCAAGGUGCUUUCUCUGAACAAAGCCAAGGAUGCUCACAAUGGCUAUCAAUCACUUCUCUCUGAAAUUAAUGAUCCAAACACCAAAUAUAUACUGAGAACUGCUAACCGACUUUAUGGAGAAAAGACAUUUGAGUUUCUCUCAUCAUUUAUAGAGUUGAGUCAGAAAUUCUACCAGGCUGGACUGGAACAGACUGACUUCAUGCAUGCUUGGGAGGAUGCCAGAAAACAAAUAAAUGGCUGGGUAGAGGAAAGGACUGAAGGUAAAAUUCAGAACUUGCUGGCAGAGGGGAUUGUCAAUUCACUGACCAGACUUGUGUUGGUAAAUGCCAUCUAUUUCAAAGGCAAGUGGGAAAAGCAGUUCAACAAAGAGAGAACAGCAGAAAAGCCAUUUCAAAUUAACAAGAAAGAGACCAAACCUGUGCAGAUGAUGUUCAAGAAAGAUAGAUUUAACAUGACCUAUAUUGGGGAUUUCCAGAUGAAAAUCCUUGAGCUUCCUUAUGUUGGUAAUGAACUCAGCAUGAUAAUCCUGCUCCCUGAUACAAUCCAGGAUGGAUCCACUGGCUUGGAAAGCCUGGAAAGGGAACUUACAUAUGAGAAGCUGAUGGAUUGGAUCAAUCCUGAAAUGAUGGACUGUACAGAGGUGAGGGUGUCUUUACCCAGAUUUAAACUGGAGGAAGAUUAUGAUCUGAAACCCCUUCUGAGAAGCAUGGGGAUGGCUGAUGCAUUCGACCUAGGGAAGGCAGACUUCUCUGGAAUCUCGGCUGGCAAUGAGCUGGUGCUCUCUGAAGUGGUUCACAAGUCCUUUGUGGAUGUCAAUGAAGAAGGUACUGAAGCAGCAGCUGCCACGGCAGCAGUGAUGAUGCUGCGCUGCGCACCGAUCGUUCCAGAAUUCACUGCGGAUCAUCCCUUCCUCUUCUUCAUCCGGCACAACAAAACUUCCAGCAUUUUGUUCUGUGGAAGGUUUUGCUCUCCCUAAAAAGGAGAUGUUUUGGCAGAAGAGUUGCUAUUACACAAUAACUUUCUGUUUCUUUAGAGUAGGGAUGCUCUUUUUGUAGUAAUUAUUUCAGCUGUGUCUGAAUCUACUCCUGUGGCCUUCCUCUCAGGCUUGGAUAGACUAACAGAGCUACUGAGACCUGCCAUGUAAAACAGCUUGCCCUGGGCACCUGAGUGCAGAGGUCUCCAACCUCUUGCUGACACAAACAUCCCACUUGCUCAGUGAAUGCUUCAUCUGUCCUUGCUGUUCCUAUUGCAACUCCACUUUUUGUGGCCACCAGGCAGUGAGUCAGUGACAUCUUACAUAAAAGGAAGAGCUUAAGAAUGUUUUGAUACAUUGCCCAGAGAUGAAAGGAGUCUUUGGGGGCCUGUUCCAAGUGUUGCCUAAGCAUCCUGACUAGACAGCUUUUUCAUAAUAACUAAACAAGCACUUAGGCUAGAAUGGGAAUAAAUAAGAGUAUGUCUUUUCACCAGAUGUCCUUAUAGGGUAUUCAUGGGGUGAGCCUUGGUCACUGUUUUAUCACCACAGGAUCCCUGGGUUUAUUACCUAUCACUCAGUUCUAGACCGUUAACAAAGAAUGUAAUGAAAGAGCACAUGAUGGCUAUGCACUAUUUAAAUGACAGAGCUUUAACUACUUGCUAUUGUUGUAUAUUUUUUUUCCUGUUCAUAGUUAAACAGUUUAACUGAAUAACACCAGACAGCUGAAAUAUCUUUCCUAAUACAGUGAUUUGUUUUGCUGUUUGUUACUGAAAUAAUAAAAGAACUGCAAGUGCUGUAA